AGAAGAAUCAAAGGGUCUAAUACUCAUUUACUCAUUGCAUUUUAGGGUUUAAGCUGUGGUGAUAGAAACACGAAUAAGAGAGGCACAACAUUCAGCAAAGGUUUUAGAUAGAGAAUUGUAGCCGGCAACUCUGCAAAAAUGGACAAGAACAUGCUCGGAGACCUCGACAAUCUUCCUGAAGAAGAUAAGAUGAAAAUGGCUGCCAUGAUCGACCAGCUCCAAAUUCGCGACAGUCUAAGGAUGUACAAUUCUCUGGUGGAGAGAUGCUUCACUGACUGCGUUGACUCCUUCCGACGUAAAACUCUUGACAAGCACGAGGAGACAUGUGUCCGGAGGUGUGCUGAGAAAUUCCUGAAGCACUCUAUGCGUGUGGGUCUGAGAUUUGCAGAGCUUAACCAGGGCGCUCCUACCCAAGAUUAAGCAUAUGCCCUUGUGCAUAACUAAUGCCAAGUCCAUAGCAUUGAUUGUUUUUAGUAUCUUCCAGUAUUAGCGGGGAAUUUUGCCUUUGUUGGACCUCUGAUAAAGUGAUAAGCUGGAUUGUUCCUCAUUUAUCGAGGAUGAUGAUGCAUUUGUGUUUGCAGGUCCAAUGCAAUUUUGGGGUGUUUUCAUAAUGACAAUAGGAUGACUUGAUUCAGAAACUGUGAUUACAGCUGAAAUUUUAGCCUUGGCUUAAAAAUCUCUGCUUUAAUUUCUAGACAUCUUUCUCCUAAAACCUCUGUGGGUCUCUGGGCAUUGAUUGCAUUGUGAUAGUUAUUGAUCUAUAUGAGCCCCUACGACCAUGUGUUCUUAUUCUGUUUGACCUGGCUGCCGGUCAUAUUUAGUUGCUUUAACUUAAUUAAAUGUCAUCAAUAGUGAAAACAAACAGAAAUUGCUUUUGAAAUGAAGCAAAAGAAGCGCCAUUAGCAAAAUUGUGCGCAUAAUUCCUAAUUUCUUUGUUGUGCUCUA